GGGAACCGGGAACCGGGAACCGGGAGCAGACCCAGACCCCAGGGGACCUGCGGGCUGAUUCCAUCUCACAAUGAGUCAGUUUUUCAGCAAUGUUGAGCCAAACAUUAUCGAUGAUGCAAUGGUUCAGAAAGCCACUGAAGAAAAGUGUCCAGAGGACCUUGGAGAUCUUGCCAGACAGGAAAAUACUAACGUCAAAGUUGUGACAGAGCUACAACUUAGUUUUAAAAGCAUCCUGCAGAUUGAUAAUCUGUGGCAAUUAGAGAAUCUGACUAAGCUGCAGCUGGACAACAACUUCAUUGAGAAGAUAGAAGGUCUGGAGAGUCUGGUUCACCUUGUAUGGCUUGACCUGUCCUUCAACAAUAUUGAAGUAAUUGAGGGCUUGGAUACUCUUGUCAGACUCCAGGACCUCAGUCUCUACAGUAACAGAAUAUCUAAAAUUGAGCACAUGGACACAUUGCAAGAGCUGCAGAUUUUCUCCGUAGGGAAGAAUAACCUGACCGUUCUGGAAGAUGUUGUCUAUCUCAGGAGGUUGAAAAACUUACGGACACUGAACCUCGGUGGGAACCCUUUCUGCAGCAAAGAGCACUACAGGCUGUUUGUUGUUGCUCAUCUUCCAAGCCUGCUGUAUUUGGACUUCAAGCUCGUGAGACGCUCCACGAGACAAGCUGCAGCUGUAAAGUAUCAAGAUCUUACUAAGCCAUUGGAGCAAGAGGAGGCUCAGGUCCUUGCUCUGCAGGAGAUAGAAGAGGCAGAGCAGAAAGAGCUGGAGUACCAGCAGACAGCCUUUGUUGAGUACCUGAAUGGGUCACUCCUGUUUGACAGCCUGUAUGCAGAGGACAGAGAAGCUGCCAUACUGGCCUCCCUCCCUGCAGUGGAGGACCUGCUGCAGGCAUACAAGAAGGAGUUUCUCUCAGUUACUGAGAAGCUGUACAACUAUGGACUGGAAGAGUAUGAAAAACGAGCAGCUGAAGUCUCUAAAUUCUACAAAAGAUUCUAUGAAAUUCUGACAGCCAACCAGCAAGAAAGCAAGAGAAUAAUCUCAGACUUUGAAAGUCAGAACCAAAGGAGGCUGGAUGAGCUUUAUCAGGCUGGGAGUGGCGAUAUUGCUGAGUCUGAACAAACCCAAGGCAAGGAGGACAUCCAUCAGCUGUGGGAUGCACUCAUGACCUUGGAAACGCUGGUGUCCAAUGACCUGGAGGAACUGUUACAGGAUUUUAAAAGAAGCAUUGAUGUCAUGGCAUCAACAUUCAUUGAAACCAUUCAAGGGAUAUUUAGCCAGUGCCGGGACCUGGAAAAUGAACACCAUGAAAAGCUGAUGGAGAUCGUCAUCGCCACCCUGGAGAAACUGCAGGAGGAGGAGUUUGAAGAGGAUUUGCAAGAUGAUUUGCCAGAUGAUGUUCGAAGGCUCCUCGUGGACAAAAACACCAUUGUCAACGCCAUCAACAUGUCCCACCGCAUCCGCCUGCAGAAGGUUGAUAAGCGAGAGAGCGACAUGCUCUGCAACAUCUACAAGUGGCAGAUCUCAGUGAUAGAGAAGGCUUUCCAAACCGAGAGCGACAGAAACCGCGCCUGUAUCAAAAAGAUCAUUUGCUUAAUCAACACUCUGAAGAAGGAGCUGGGUAACAGUGAUACAGUGAUCCUGGAGCCUAUGGAAUAGGGCUGGGCAGCUGCCUCAGCUGGGGCACACAGGACAGGCCCCAGCAGGAACAGCUGCCUCUC